AUGCAGACUGAAGACGAACCCUUGAGUCCCGACACGGACACGUUAUCCUUUCCCAGCGAAGACUCCAGCGACGACGAUGUACCACUAGGCAUCCAACAACAACUCAGUUUCCGUAUCUUCACUCUCCUCAACGCGACCGUAUUCUAUGUCGGCGCGCACAGUGCCGGCGCGACUAUCGACCUAUACUCAGAGCACUGGAGGUAUUGGGCCGAGCGGAGGCUGGUCACUCCUGACGGCCAAGACCAGAUGCAGCUUCGCAAGCGAACGAAAGUCAACCGCGUCCUAGGGGAGUGGCAACCACAGGCGCACAUUAUGGUCACGCGGAACAGCCGGUGGGUGAAUGGGGGCGAGACUAUGACUGUGGCGGAGAUGGCGGAUGAGGCUAUACCAGAUGAGGAAUAUCAGCCUGGGUCUGCGGAGAGGUUCUGCAGAGAAGUGAAUCGAUCGCUGAAGAGGUUGAAGGUGGAAAUCGCUAAAGAGUGCUGGGGGUGGGAGAGGCCGGUGGUUCUGAGACAGCGAGGGGUGCAGAUUGUGACGGUGACGUUUGGGCGGACGCUCCUCUUGGGACAUUUGAGGGCGGCGGGAGAGUGGACCGACCAUGUCAACAAGAUGACCUACAAGCCGCCGGAGAGACUUAUUGGUUAUGAGGCUUCUAUUGCAGCAUGGAAAGCGCAGUGGCAAAGCAAAGAGGCGUUUGUGUCGUGGUGGUCGCAGGGGGAGCAGAAGAGUAAGAAGGAGAGGGUGCAGAGAUGGGGCGAAGUGGCGUGUCCUCUUACGGUGACUUGCGGAGCGUGUGGGGAGAAAGGGACAAGGUAUGAGGUCUGCGAGUUCUGUGAGAUGACCUGGUUCUUGUGUGAGAAGUGUGGAUAG